AAACCUGUACAUGUAACACUUUCGUUGUGAGCUUAGUCUGUACGGCACGGUUGUCUGGCGGUGCACGCAAAAAUGAACCUCUACGAAGUGGUACUUGCUUGGAUCAUCGCGCUGACGCUUUCUAAUUGUGAUGGUGAGCAACUUCGCGUGGAUCCAGACCUCGCUGCGCAGCAAUAUUAUCUGCAGUGCAAAUACGUAAAUAAAACUGAUACUUAUAAAGAAGCCUUCUUGGAAACCGAUCUGCUAUAUCCAUCAAGUUAUGACUUGGCUAAGCUGAGAAAAAUCAGCCGAGUCUGCCUGCCACCGCCUUGCGAGAAGCUGAGAGCGUAUUCUGGAUAUAUUCCUGUUGAUGACAUCAAGUUGUUCUAUUUGUUUUUCUUGCACAUUAAGUCGGAGGACGAUAUGAAAAAGCCCCUUCUCUUGUGGCUGCAAGGCGGACCCGGUAAAUCGUCCCUAUUUGGCCAGUUCUUGGAGAAUGGACCACUCGGCAUCGCUGCCUCAGGGAAUCUGUACUACAGGAAACACACUCUUCUGAAUUAUUUCAACAUUAUUUACCUGGACCAGCCUGUUGGAUCUGGAUACAGCUUCGACAAAGAAGGAAAGUACCCAACGUCUCUGAAAGAGGCUUCCAACCACGUCAUAAAAUUUCUUCUACGAUUCUUGCAAAUAUUUCACGAGUAUGCAGGAAGAGAUCUCUACAUCGCCGGCGAAUCCUAUGGAGCAAGAUCAACCGUUGGAGUGGCGCACAAGUUGAUAAAAGAAAAGCCUCAAGACCUUUCUCUGCGGUUCAAAGGGCUGAUGCUAGGCGCCGGAUUCCUGUUUCCUCUGCUGGACAUCAUCAACUCGACGGACUUUCUUUACUACACAACACUUCUCGAUGAGUGUAGUCGUAAUAUGUUUUCCAAUAGAUUUAACAAAAUUUACCAGUUAGUUGAGGCUGGAAAAUAUAUGAACGCUUCCAUGCUACUGAGCAUGACCGUUCUUAACUUGCGUAGAGAAGGUCAGAAAAGCUUAUUCGAAAUUCUAACCGGUUUCACUCACCAUGGCAGCAUUGUCGUUCCUCAGAGACCCAAGGAAACGUACGCGUAUUAUCGUUACGCGAACAGUACUAAAUUCAAGAGGAUCAUUCACGUUUCUCCCACCAGGGUGCUUGAUGGCACCAGGUAUCAAAUAUCAGUGCAAUUAGCCGUAAACGACUUUUUCAAAGACCACCGAGAACACUUUGUAGACGUUCUAAAUCGGGCACACGUUCUUUUCUACGCAGCGCAGUUGGACGCCGUAUUCCCGGCCGUCAACCUUGCGGAGUCCUUCAAGAAGUUGCAAUGGCGCGGAAAUAAAACGUUUCUAGAAACGCGACGUGAGCUUUGGCACCGCAAAAAGAAUUCUUCUCUUGAACUCCUUGGAUAUGUAAAACAUGUUGGAGCUGUUAUGUAUGCCGAUGUACUAUUAGCAGGUCACUACGUUUCACUGGAUCGCUCGAGUGCUGUGAGUGAGUUGUACGCCAAUUUUCUGGAAUUCACAAAACAACCUCCACCUACCGAUACGCCAGGUCGCUAACAUCGUGCAUCUGCAGCUAUGCUACUGCUUGUGUGACUGUCAUUGUGAAAGCAACAAAAUAAAGAAAUG